AUGGAAGCCCAGCAGCAACUUGUAACGCAACUCAUAAUCGACGAUGAGUCUGAGGAUUCUCAAAUAUUAUACUCAUUUAACGUUGAGUCGCGGCAGCCGGGCUUGAAGAAGGUUUUGAUCACGCAAGACGUCAACAACAAUGACGAAAAAGAUGUAUACUGGGACCGGAUGCAAGCGGUGAAAUCCCUGGUGAAAGAGCUUCACACUCGGCCUCCAAUACCUCGGCCUCAAACAACGGCUCCGGUUAUUCGUCCACUAAGGAAAGCGGAAGAACCCGAAUUGUUCCAUAAUCCGUUGUUCAAAACGAUCACCGAGAAGUUGUGUGAACAUCCGCGCACGCCCAGCCCCGAUUACGGCGAAUUCGAAAACCCGAGGAGUUUGAAAUUCGAAAACGAAAAGGAAACGCAAGUCGCUUAUUUCACGUUCGAUGUGAAAAGCGACGCUUGCUUGGAAGAUACAAUGGAGAUCGGCCCUCAAGAUGAUUCUGGUUGCCACUCGAAUUCGGGUAGCACUUCUUCAAGGGGUUCGGACGUCAGAAGAAGAGGCCCGCCGGUAGUUACGCUGGAUCUCGAGGCUGCCAAGCUUGUCGAAAGUUGUGGCGAGAGGAAACAUCGUGGCCUAAAGAGCUUCAUGAAGCCUGUAGGCUCCAUGCUGAAAGGAAAACGCAAGGAUGAGAAUCGCGAUCCGGAAGUGCGCAAGAAGUCUGAAAAAGUCAAGAAAAACGAGAAGGCACACGAGACAUCACAGGACAAGAAGGAACGGGCGAACAGCAGUGCCGGAAAUGCGGCGACAUCUUCAGAAGCUGACUUCAAAUUCGACCACCUAACUCGAACUCAACUCGAUGAGCAGGUCGAGGAGGUGCUGAAGGAGCGGAAUUUGCCGCCGAAGAUGAUCCCUGACCAACUGGCAAAAAUGUCGACCGAAAGCAAGAAGGCGCUACUCAACGCCAACUCACGGCAAUUAGCUGACAAAAAGAUUAAACAACCGAAGGAUUUCAAAAAUGAGAUUGCUGCCGCAUUACGGUUACGGAGACCGGUUGAGGAUUAUGGGGCUACUAUCAAAGAGCUCAAAUUCUCUCUACAACUCCAGCCGGUCCCCUGGGUCUACGAGUUUGCCUCCGACUCGAAGGAGAAUAUGUCGGGUCUGGCCUUAAUUGGUGCCGUUGUUGAGCGGAUAGUCGAACGGAUCAGGGAACUCCAUAAAAAUAGGGAGCAAGCAAACAUCGAGCAAUUCGAGCAAAUCCUCGACUUUCUGAAGGAAGGCGUGGCUUGCGUGCACGGAAUCGCCAACACUUUCCCCGGAUUGAGUCUUGUCACCAGGCGGGCGGAUCAUACUCUACGCGCAUUGUUUGCGGCUCUACUGGCAUUGAAUCAAUGCCGGAUAGAAGAUGGGCCAAAGUUUCAGCGCUUUACUGCCGAGAUAUUCUCUAUUCGAUUCGACAUCCUGAAAAUCACCACCUCGCUCUCGGCAAUGUCCCAACGAUUGGCGGAAGGGACGGGAUGCACUGUGGAGAUGAAUGGUAUCGACAAGGUGCUAUCCGAGCUCUCAGCGUUGUCGGGUUCUGGAGCGUGUGCGAGGUGGGAGCCCAUCCUCUCCAUUUUUGGGUGUGUUUCUGAUGAACCGACGCUAGAAGAAAGAAAUUGCUUGGUGAAAACCAUGGCGUUGAUCAACCUGGCCAUCCAUCCACCAAGCAUGAUGCCACCUGACGACGUCUCGGAUGAUGGACAAAGCCUUGAGUGUGAAGUGACAUGGCAAUGGCGUUUGAAGAUCCGCAGCGAAAUCCACCACCAAGGCAUUGGCAAAUACACAAAGAAAAUACUCCAUCUAUGCGAGCGCAAAGACAUGGACGAAUUCGUGACCGGCUGGAACGGGUACAUGCAAAGCCGCGACGACGACUUCAAUGAACUGAUUUCACGGCUUGACAAUAUCAAAGUCGACAACGAAAAGUACGACUCGAUCGAGGGCUGCGCGUUGAUGCUCCAGAACUUUGGCAACAGCGAGGAUUUGGCUGAAAGAGAGGCCGAUCGAGGGUUGAUCCUCUCCAUCCUCCAACUUCUGCUCUUGGUCCCGGAUCGCGAUACAGCAAUCAGGAUGGCCUACUUCCGAUUGAUCGAAUCGUGCGUUUCGGAUAUUAUUCUUCAUCGUGGCGGCAUAUUGCCCAAUUUUGAGGAAAAAUUUGUCUUCGACACGCCGAUCGCGGAGAUGAUCGAGCAACUUGCCGACUCGGACAACACACGGCAUCUGAAUACAGCUAUCGAGGAGAAGCAGCUGGCCAUUGCUCGUCAACAGCAGUACUGGAGCAAACUCGAGGAAUAUAAAAAGCAUCAUGCCGGCACCGACCCAAUGUCCCUGCCACCACCCGACAUGACGCCAGUGAAGGCGUUGAUGGGCUCAAACAUCCCGCCGGCCCCAGGACUUCCGCCAGUGACUGGAGGGCCACCACCUCCACCUCCACCCGGCGGACUACCUCCCGUCACCGGAGGCCCACCACCACCUCCCGGACUUCCCCCGGUCACUGGCGGACCCCCGCCCCCACCCGGUUUGCCCCCGGUCGCUGGAGGACCCCCACCACCACCUCCACCACCCGGCCCUCCACCUCCACCUGGCAUGAAAGGACCCCCUGGAGCACCACCGCCUCCACCAUUCCUCGGAGGUGGUAUGCCAGCGUUUGCCCCCACACUUCCUUCUUUCCUGAAGAAAAAGAAGGAGCACAAAAUUGGCGUGCCGCUCCGCAAACUUCCAUGGAGCUCGAAUGUGAUUCAACCGAACACAUUGGCCGAGGACUGCUUCUGGGCAAAGACCAACGAGGAAGAUCUGGCCAAUGAAUCGAUGAUGAAAGAGUUGAAGGAAAAUUUCGCUUCGAAUCGUCCGGGCUCUGGUGGUGUUGGCGCGCUUCUGGCGAAGGCGAACAAGAAUGUCAAGCAACCCCAGAUAAUCGACGACCCUAAAAUGCUGCAGGCUCUAGGGAUCCUAUUCGCCUCGUCCAAGGUUCCGGCCCAGAACUGGUGUGAGGAAAUUCUCAACGUCGACGGCACGAAUCUCGACACUACGCUACUCGAGCAGCUGCGGCUCAAUCUUCCGCCUGCGGAUAAGUUGAAGGAACUCGGCACCGCCAGCCCUGCUGUGUUUGACUUGAUGCCGGAAGGGGAACAGUUCGUCGCGGCCGUCGCCAAGAUCCCGGCCCUCCCUUUGAGACUCGAGCUAAUGGUGCUGAAGAGGAGAUUCGAGGAAAGCGUCGGUGAAUUCAAGCCGAGCAUCACGAAGGUGAUCGAGGCCUGUGCCGAGGUGAAGAAUUCGUCGGCGUUCAAGACCUUCCUCGAGAUGUUGCUCUUGUCCGGUAAUAUCAUGGCUGCCAGUGGGCCCGCCCACAAGGAUGUAUUUGCAUUCGAGAUGUCGGUGCUGCCAAAGCUGACCGACACAAAGGACAUCGAGAACAAGCACACCUUCCUGCACUUCUUGAUACGGCAGAUGCGCAAGCACCGUGGAGUCAGAAAUCCCAAGUUCACGCAAGAGGAUUUCAAAAACGUCAUUGGGGCCCGUGCUGCCAACGCUGACGAGAUCGCGAAGGGGAUCAACCAUCUGAAGACGUCGAUAAAGAAGCUCGAAAAUUGUCUGAAGACCUUCAAGCCUGCCAAUUCCAAGGACCGCUUCAUGACCGUUAUGGAGCCGUUCCUCGCCAAGGCACAGACCGAAAUGCAAACAAUCGACACGCUCCACGAAAAGAUGCAGGCGGACUGGGCGUCGCUUGCCCGGUACUUCGCCAUCAACACCAAGAAAUACAAGAUGGAGCAGUUCUUUGAGGACUUGGCGCAGUUCAAGCUGGCCUAUGAGACGUGCUACCGUGAAAUCGAGGACCAAGAGAGGGAAGAGCGGAAGCGCAAGCCGCUGCAACCAGUACAGCCGCAAAUCAAGAAGCUGUUGCCGCAGUUGAUGACUCAUGGAACGCCUUCCCUGCGAACCGCACACGAUACCGCCGGCGUACUGGAAGAAUUGGAUAAGCUCGUCUCGGUGUGGGGCGGAAAAAGGGCAACACCACGUGCGAAAUCGCGAGGAUCCGAGGCGCGCAGUCGAACAGCUAAGAUGGCCGUCCACCGGCAGCGGUCACGCGUCCAAGAUCUUCACGCCCCUCAAUUCGCCGGACUGAACGACUUCAAACCGCCGUCCGCUAGCCAACCUCAGCGUGCCGCCCCUCCCGAUCAAGCGAAGCUCGGUUUCAAAGUGCGCCGAGCAGGCCAACCUACGGUAGAGAUGCAGGUGGAUUUGCCUACGUCACAGACCUCGGGCCACAUCAGAAACCUGCAGAAUAGGGAAAACUCCCCACCCGCCCGAGCAGCACCAACAGGCCAUGCAAGAAAGCCCAACCAGCCACCACCGCUUCAACUUGAUCGGCGGCCCACCGUAACCGAUGGUGUUCUUUCUGCACAAAACAACUCCUGCUAUCUCUCUGAGCUCCUCCCACAAACACCGACCCGAGGAAGUGCGCCAAGGACGAAUUUCUCAGCCCAACCACCCCCUGCGCGCGACACGGAGGUGACGAGCAUCUUCGACCGUCUAAAGCAGCUU